GUAGCGCUGGGCUCGGAGCGUGCGUGAAAGGGGGUCAGGCCCCAAAGGGGCCUAGGCGCGCUCCGCCCGCAGGCUCCCGGCUCCAUCCGGGGGGUGGGGGGCUGCCUGCUGCUCACAGGAGGGGAUGUGGCACCGGCUGCAGCAGGAGCUGAGCCCUUCGUGCGGGGCAGCCAGCAGCGCUGCAUGGACACGAGGCCUGACUCUAACCAGCCCACCCGCAACAGGGAACGGGCAGGCACCAGCGCACCCACGGGGGACAGUGAGCUCUGGCCCAGGCCUGCCUUGGGGGCACAGUGGGGGCGGGGCGCUUUGAAAGGAGCUCUGCAGCACUGGUUCUGCUCCCUGCAGUGGGCCCCACGGGCCGUGUCCGGCCAGUACACGUGUUGUUUCCCCAGCCUGGGUUCCAUAACUUCGAGCGCGGAGGGGUUACCGUCCUCUACACCCAUGCACCCACCCCAGCCUCCAGGCCUGGCUCGUCCUGCUGGUCCAGUACAUCCUGACCCUCCACAGCAGCCUCAUGCAGGAGUGGGCCUUGCUGAAGCGCCCCAGACCCCGCCGCUCGCUCUCUGGGGGGGGAGGCCCCGGGCAGCCCAGCGAGCCCCCCGUACACUAGACAAGGCACUGCCGGUGCCUGAGGGACCCCUCCAGCCGCGCUCCAGGAUCAGUGGCAGCAGCAGGAACAGAUCGGGGAGUCCGACACCAGAGCUCGCAGGAGCCAGCCUGACCCCUGGGCACAGCCAGGCGUGGGGUGGGGCGACCCUUGAGCCCAGAGGUGACCGGGAUCGGCUGGACAUAGCGCCACCCUCUGGCAGCUCCCUGAGCACCCGUGCCACAGCUGGGCAGCGCUCGGCUCCCAUGCUGCCAUCAACAGACGCUCUGCCGCAGGCCAGCGCAGCUCGGGGGGGUGUCAGUGGGCCUGGGGCUCUGUCCCCCGCAACACUCCAGCACACGCCCCAACUGCAGGAGGGCCCUGGGCACCUGGGAUGCUCGUGUUCCAACGCCCAAGGGGGAGCCGUGCCCGAGGGGCAGGCCCCACAGGCUUACGUCCCCACGCCCCGCACAGAGGAAGCGGCCUGGGCCGCCAGCGCCCUGACCUUCCUGCUGGUGGUGCUGACACUCGCCGUCCUGUACACCCGUCUCCACCGCAAGUUCCACAAGAACCAGAGCCUGUACUGGGCCCCGAGCGACGCGGGGCAGGAGCCCCUGGCCGCUCUUCUCAAGAGGCGGCUCCUAGCGGCCCACAGCAGGCACAAGAAGCGGCAGCGGCCCCAGCAGAGACGGCUGCUGCUCCAGGGGCCCUCGAGCGAGAGCUCCGACUAGCUCCCCUGGGGCCCGCAUGUGGGCACAGGCCUGGCCGGAGGGGUCUGUGCGGCCAGGGGCAGCUCACGCUUUCUGCUGAAUAAAGUGGUUUAAGAGCGUU